GCCGGGAAGCAGGCAGCAAUAUAAGCCCAUAGUUGGUCAGCGAAGCGCCAACCCAAACUCUGGCUCUUCCCUCCGGCUGCUCUCCGAUAAUUCUAGGGCUGCUCCUCUUUAUACCCUUUCCAAUCUCCCGGGAACGAUCCAGAGUUAGGUUUUCUCCAAUCUCGGCCUCUAUCCCAAAUCGAAACCCUAAUCCUUCUGUUAUUCUUCGCGGGCGAGUUUGAGAUCGAGAUGUCGAAGAGGAAAUUCGGGUUCGAAGGCUUCGGCAUCAACCGGCCGGCGACUUACAGCUUCGAGCGGUCCCAAGCCCCGCAACGCCUCUACGUCCCACCUUCCUCUCGCAGCGGCGGCGGGAACGACAACUAUGAGGAUCACGACCUCGACAACAUCGACUACGACCAGCCCGACGCACCCGACCGCCAGCCUGACGCUGCCGACGGCGAGAUCGACCCCCUCGACGCCUUCAUGGAGGGCAUCCACGAGGAGAUCCGUGCGCCGCCGCCGCCCUCCGCGAAGCCGAAGGACAAAGGGGACAAGUACCCGGACGACGAGGAGGACGACCCCGUGGAGAGCUUCUUGAGGGCCAAGAAGGACGUCGGCCUGACGCUGGCAUCGGAGGCGCUUCGCGCCGGGUAUGAUUCGGACGAGGAGGUGUAUGCUGCGGCGAAGGCGGUGGAUGCCGGGCUGAUUGAAUAUGAUUCGGAUGAUAACCCGAUUGUUUUGGAUAAGAAGAAGAUUGAGCCUAUUCCAGCGUUGGAUCAUAGCGCUAUAGAGUACGAGUCGUUCGACAAGGAUUUUUAUGAAGAAAAGCCUUCAAUUUCAGGGAUGAGCGAGCAGGAUGUUGCUGAAUAUCGGAAAAGCUUAGCCAUACGUACUUCAGGUUUUGAUGUACCAAGACCCAUUAAAGCCUUCGAGGAUUGUGGGUUCUCUAUUGCAUUAAUGAAUGCUAUUGCGAAGCAGGGUUAUGAAAAACCAACACCAAUACAGUGCCAGGCUCUACCAAUCGUGCUUUCUGGAAGAGAUGUUAUUGGCAUUGCAAAAACUGGUUCAGGGAAAACUGCUGCUUUUGUACUUCCUAUGAUUGUUCAUAUCAUGGAUCAGCCUGAACUGCAAAAAGAAGAGGGCCCUAUAGGUGUAAUAUGUGCCCCCACAAGAGAAUUAGCACAUCAAAUAUAUCUAGAAGCAAAGAAGUUUGCAAAACCUUAUGGAAUACGGGUUGCUGCUGUCUAUGGUGGAAUGUCCAAACUCGAUCAAUUCAAGGAACUCAAGGCAGGUUGCGAGAUAGUUAUUGCCACUCCUGGAAGACUGAUUGACUUGCUGAAAAUGAAGGCACUGACAAUGUUAAGGGCAACAUACCUAGUACUUGAUGAAGCAGACCGGAUGUUUGAUCUUGGCUUUGAACCACAGGUACGAUCUAUUGUUGGUCAGAUAAGACCUGAUCGGCAGACACUACUUUUUUCUGCAACCAUGCCCAACAAAGUUGAACGACUGGCCAGAGAGAUUCUCACUGAUCCUAUAAGAGUGGCAGUUGGGGAGGUUGGGAUGGCCAACGAGGACAUCACUCAAGUUGUUAAUGUAAUUCCUUCUGAUGCUGAGAAAAUGCCUUGGCUUCUUGAAAAAUUACCUGAGAUGAUUGAUGAAGGAGAUGUUCUUGUAUUUGCAUCUAAAAAGGCUACAGUAGAUGAGAUUGAAAGCCAGUUGAUUCAAAAAGGAUUCAAAGUUGCGGCCCUUCAUGGGGACAAAGACCAGGCUUCUCGAAUGGACAUUUUACAGAAGUUCAAAUCUGGAACAUACCAUGUCCUAGUGGCGACUGAUGUUGCUGCACGUGGACUUGACAUAAAAUCAAUCAAGUCAGUUGUUAAUUUUGAUAUUGCUCGAGACAUGGAUAUGCAUGUUCAUCGUAUUGGAAGAACAGGCCGUGCUGGAGAUAAAGAUGGGAUUGCAUACACUCUUAUCACACAGAAAGAGGCACGCUUUGCUGGUGAAUUGGUCAACAGCUUAGUUGCUGCUGGUCAAAAUGUGUCUUCUGAACUGAUGAAUCUUGCUAUGAAGGAUGGGAGGUUCAAGGCCAAACGUGAUGCAAGAAAAGGUGGAAAGAAGGGGGGAGGCAGAGGAAAAGGUGGAAGUGGCAGUGGGCGAGGUGUGCGUGGAGUUGAUUAUGGGCUGGGUAUUGGUUAUAAUCCUGAGUCUGCAAAUGUAACAUCACAAUCUGUUCCAAGUCGAUCAGCUACUGUUAAUUCCCUGAGGACAGGGAUGAUGGCACAGUUUAAAAGCAAUUUUGUUGCUGCCACAUCCAGUCCUCAGAGUGAUGGUAGAAACCAAUGUAGUAUAUCUUCCAGCGGGAGACCAGUUCUACGUGGUUUUGUUUCUGGUGGUUUAAUUGGUGGAGAGGCAUAUAGAUUACAGCAAGCUGCCUCUUUUACUCCUGCCUCUAAGUCAGGAGGAAACACAAGUGAAAAUGGAAAUCAGAAGAACUCUGAAAGUUCUAGAGAUAGGCCCCGGGAAAGAAAGCGGCCAUCUGGAUGGGAUCGUUAACCUUACUCCAAUAGUUUUCCUGGAGCAUAGGCAAAAUCCAAGUGGUGUUCUUCCAGCUAUCUGAGAGGGUAUGAUAUUCUGAUUGAUUAAAAGAGGUUUGACCAAAUUAAACACCACACCUCACUGGUCAUGUAAUUAUAAGAGUGUUCAUCUCACCUUGCGAACUUGUGGCUUAGCUCUUAAAGAUCCUUUUUUUUUCUGCUUUUUAUCCAAUUGAGCAAGUGGAUAUUAUAUGUCGCAAGGAAGCUUUUAUAUUUAUCAGGUUUUAGGUUCCCUGUAAGAUAAACAAAGAGUUUCUCUCUUUUGUUUUCAUGGUCAGUUCUUGGUUAAUGCUAAGGAUAAUGUAUUUGUUAAAUCUUUUAGAUUUAUUAUUUGCAUUUAGCAUGUUCACUAUAGCUUCAUGUGCUUGUGGUAGAGAUAUAAUUCCUCAAGUUUUGCAUCUUUAAUCAGCAUUCACUAGUGCGUGCGGGCUUAAAGACCUGACAGGAUAUUUGUGCUUUUAGCUUUUGCAAAGUGAAAGGCAAUGAGUACGCAGUUAAAACAUUUUGAUUUAUGUUUUA